AAUCAUCGCGUAUCUAUGUUUGGAAAGUUGAAACAAAAAAAACGACCCUUCUUUUCUUUCAUUGGAUGUUUAGGUGUUGUUUUUUCGGAUGGCGCAUGCGCGAACUUUGCGGGCCUUUUUAAAUGUCCACACCAGCGGCCGCUAUAAAGAGAAGAUUGUGCUGCGUUGAUGGAGUCUUCGGAUUCGGAGAAGACCGACCACUCUUCCGACAACCAGGAUGACUCGGACGAAUCUAUGCCGACAGAGGAGUCUCUCAACUCGGACGAGGAGGAGGACGAGAAUGACGUUAGGGACGACGGCUGCGUGGAGGAUACAACAUGGAGGUCUAGGAAUAAAGGGAUCCUGUGGUCUUCUUCUCAUGAGGUGGCCCAGGAUUAUGUGCACCCGCCUGUACUGAUGUCAGGGCCAACUUAUUAUGCACUUGCCAGAACCUGCAGCCCUGAGAGUGCGUUUUUUCUUUACUUCACCGAGGACAUGGUGCAUCUUAUCCUGAGCUGCACCAACCUGCAGGGGAGAAGGGCAAUCCCGGGAUGGAAGGAUGUGAGUGAGGUGGACCUGCGGGCCUACUUGGGGCUCCUUAUCUUGUCCGGUGUCUUUAGGUCGCACCAUGAGUCCACCAAAAGUUUGUGGGGGAAAGAGAGCGGACGUGCUCUGUUUGCUGCGACCAUGUCCGAGAAGCGCUUCUGCCAAAUAAACAAGGUGCUCUGCUUUGAUGACAGGCCAACCAGGCCGGACCACUACGGGGAGGACAGACUGGCCCCGAUCCUCGACCUUUGGAGAACAUGGAGCGGCCUCCUCCCCAAAAUGUUCAACCCGGGGAGGGAUGUGUGCGUCGGUCAGCAGCUGGUCUCGUUCCGAGGCCGCUGUUCCUUCAAGCAGUGCAUUCCGUCGAAACCUGCAAAGUACGGCCUGAAGAUCUGGGCCCUGUGUGACGUCAGCACGUCGUACGCGUGGAAGAUGCGGGUCUACACCGGCAGGUCUUCCCCAGCACAGAGAGAAAAAACCCAGGGAACGAGGGUCGUGCUGGACCUGAGCGAUGGUCUCAAGGGCCACACGGUGACCACGGACAACUAUUUCACGUCAUUUCCUCUGGCCGCGGAGCUCCGAAAGAGGGAGAUGGCCCUGGUGGGCACCAUUCGUCACAAUAAACCGCAGAUUCCCCCGCAGCUACUACUAACUAAGGACAGGCAGGUGUUUUCAUCAGUCUUCGCCUUUUUAUCCGACAGGACCCUGGUGUCUUAUGUCCCCAAGAGGGGCAAAAAUGUGCUUCUCAUGAGCACAAAACAUCGCGCACCGGAGGUCGAGAGAUCCGUAAAAAGAAAGCCCCAGAUGGUUCUGGACUAUGCCUUUUGCAAGAGAGCUGCGGACCAUCUCGACCAGGCUUGCGCCACCUAUACCUGCAGGAGGAAGUCACGCAGGUGGCCCAUGACCCUCUUCUACCACAUGGUUGACGUGUCGUGCUUCAAUGCAUUCGUCAUCUUCACGUCGGUGAACCCCGAAUGGAACGCCAACAAGGGCUACAGGCGCCGCGUCUUCCUGGAGACCCUUGGCAGAGCCCUCGUUGCCCCGGCGAUGGCUAACAGGAGCCGCCCCCCAAGGGAAGGGUUUGCAGCUCGGGCUAAAGGGGAGGAGGUGGAGGUGAAGAAGGAAGAGGAGAAUGAGGAGGAGGAGGAAUCCCAGCCUGGGCCCUCAAGGAAGAGGAGACAAUGCUGCUUGUGCACGCAAAGAAGGAGGGUGAUAACCCAGUGCUCAACGUGUGGGAAGCCAACAUGUAACGACCAUUUCAAGAGGGUCUGUUACAAAUGUUGCCUGUGAGUCGGUUCAGUGUCCAUUUGUUGUUUAGGUUUUUUGUUACUGAUAAAUUAUUAUUACAUCAAAA